ACAAUCCCUUUUCCCAGUGCAGAAGUCGCUAGGGAGCCUUGAAAUCCCUGUUUGCUCUUGGGAAGAGGGGCUGUUACCAACCUUUAGUUCAGUUUAAAAAUGGGACGUCGCUCCUCAGACACAGAAGAAGAGAACAGAAGCAGAAGGAAAAAGAAACACCGCAGGCGUUCGUCUUCAAGUAGCUCCUCAGACAGCAGAACGUACAGCCGUAAAAAAUCUGGAAGGAAAUCAAGGUCAAGGUCGCGGUCUCGAGAUCUUCAGUCUCGUUCACAUUCUUAUGAGAAAAGACGCAGACACAGAUCGAGCAGUAGUUCUUCAUAUGGUUCUAGAAGAAAACGCAGUCGUAGCCGAUCCAGGGGCAGAGGCAAAUCCUACAGGUCUCAAAGAUCGAGGUCAAAAAGUAGAACGAGAAGAUCACGAUCAAGACCUCGUCAACGUUCUUAUAGUCGAAGUAGUGAAAGAUCCAGUCAUAGGAGAACUCAUAGCGGGUCUCGUGAAAGAGAGCGGCGUAAAGGCAGAGAGAAAGAAAAAAUAAAAGAGAAGGGCAAAGGAAAAGAAAAGGAGAUAUGUGGCACGAAGCAUGGGAUUUCUAUGGCCAAGCUACUCAACUUCCAAAAGGCCAAAUCUCCCCAAAAGUUUAGCAAGAAGUUACUUCAUGUUAUUGUUCACUCACUUUCGGCAUUUCUACUCGUGUGCCUGCAUAACGAGUUCCCUUUGCGUGAAUGCUCACCGGCACUUUCACUGAAAAUAUCUGUCAUCGGAAUUUUGUACUCGUGUCACAUCGCAGAGAAUCGCCCGUUCUCCAGGGACUCUGGAAACAUCAAAGCUGGAUUAGAACAUCUGACUCCUGCUGAACAGGCCAAAGCUAGAUUACAGCUGGUUCUUGAGGCAGCUGCUAAAGCAGAUGAAGCAUUAAAGGCUAAAGAGAGAAGCGAAGAAGAAGCGAAGAAAAGAAAGGAAGAAGACCAAGCCACCCUAGUAGAGCAAGUGAAACGAGUAAAAGAAAUUGAAGCUAUUGAAAGUGACUCCUUUGUUCCACAGACGUUCAGAUCAAGUAAAGAAGUCAAAAAGUCAGUAGAGCCUGCUGAACUACCGUACGAACCUGUAACUGUCGCAGCGGGAAGUGUUGAUGCAUCUGCUCCUGAAAAAGAACCACCACCUGCCAAUAUUCCCACUGCCAUCAAAUAUCAAGAUGAUAAUUCUUUAGCACAUCCAAACCUGUUUAUCGAGAAGGCAGAAGCAGAAGAGAAGUGGUUUCAGAGGCUGAUUGCUCUUCGGCAGGAAAGGCUGAUGGGCAGUCCGGUGGCCUGAGCGAACUGCUGGGACCAGCACACACCAGUUCUCCACGAAUGCUAAGAAAUCCUACCAUUAAAUCAUUUUAUUUUUCUCUUUUGAGGGGAUUUUAAUACUCAGUGUGAGUUGUACAGAGAAUAAAUAUUUCGUUUGAAUAAACAAGAACGUUCUACCCUCUGUUUUUCUCCCGAA